CGAACGAACCAGCCGCCGCCGCCUAAUCGCAGCAGCCCAGAUGUGCUGGGCGGCAGGAAGGGAAGCAGGAGACCAAGAGCUGUUGCUGGAACUGAAGGAUGAAGUCACCUCCUUGCUGCUUGUCCCUUUCUUCUGGGGCAUCUGGAGAGGAAUUAGGUGAGAGCACAUCCUUUGAUUCUCUGGAAUCCAGUGUCUUCUGUAGUGAGGAGGGGCCAGGAUCCUUGCUACAGCAUGUAGCUCCAUCCUUGGACUGCAUCACCAUCAACGUUGGAGGUGCCCGCUUUGUCCUCUCCCAAAAGAAGCUUUGCUGCUAUCCAGACACUCGGCUGGGCAAGCUAGCAGUAAUGGUUUCAGCUGCCCGGGAUGUUGCCUCCAGCCUCUUGGAUCUCUGUGAUGAUGCCAACUUGGUGGACAAUGAAUAUUUUUUUGAUCGGAGCUCUCAGGCAUUUAGUUAUAUCCAUAACUAUUACCAGACUGGCAGGCUACAUGUAAUGGAUCAGCUGUGCGCACUUUCCUUCCUACAGGAAAUCCAGUAUUGGGGGCUGGAUGAGCUCAUGAUUGAUUCCUGCUGCAGGGACAGGUACUUCAGAAGGAAAGAACUGAGUGAAGCCUUGGAUAUCAAGAAAGAUGCUGAAGAAUUGGACGCCCAAGAUGAGGAAGAGGAUUUUUCUGGAAGUCUGUGUUCUGCCACCAGACAAAAGCUAUGGGAAGUCUUAGAAAAACCUGCCUCUUCUGUAGCUGCCAGGACUUUUGGCACUAUCUCCAUGGCUUUUGUCAUCAUUUCAAUUGCCAACAUGGCUCUGAUUUCAGUGGAGUUGACCUGGCUGCCAGCCCAGCUACUCGACAUCCUGGAGUAUGUGUGCAUUGCCUGGUUCACGGGAGAGUUUUUACUACGCUUCCUUUGUGCACGGAAUCGGUGUCGCUUCUUAAGGAAUGUAGCAAAUGUCAUAGACCUUCUGGCCAUCUUGCCCUUCUACAUCACGCUGUUAGUGGAGAGCUUGCGGGGUGAACACAGCUCCCAGGAGUUGGAAAACAUGGGACGUAUCGUGCAGGUGCUGAGGCUGCUGAGGGGCCUGCGCAUGCUGAAGUUGGGCAGGCAUUCAACAGGUUUACGUUCUCUUGGGAUGACCAUUGCACAGUGCUACGAAGAGGUUGGCAUGCUUCUCCUUUUCCUCUCUGUGGGCAUCUCCAUCUUUUCCACAGUAGAAUACUUUGCUGAGCAAGGUGUCCAUGGCACAACCUUCACAAGUGUGCCUUGUGCUUGGUGGUGGGCUACCACCUCCAUGACGACAGUCGGAUAUGGAGACAUUAGGCCAGAUACAACAAUUGGCAAGGUCGUGGCCUUUAUGUGCAUAUUAUCUGGAAUAUUAGUCCUAGCUUUACCAAUUGCCAUCAUCAAUGAUCGUUUUUCUGCCUGCUAUUUUACUCUGAAGAUAAAGGAAGCUGCCCUCCGCCAGCGUGAAGCCCUAAAGAAGCUCACAAAGAAUAUGUCGAGUGACUCUAAUAUCAACAUUAAUUUACGAGAUGUAUAUGCUCGAAGUAUAAUGGAUGUGUUGAGGCUUAAAAGCCGAGAAAGAACAAGUACUAGAAGUAGUGGUGGUGAUGAGUUUUGGUUUUGAAAAUGCAUAUAUACAUACCCACACACACAUGCGCCCACCCACCUAAGAAUAUGAGAGAUGCCUAAGGUGUUGAUAGCUUUAAUAACAGCAAUGAAUGCAAAGUUAAUGGUUCAUUAUUUUCCCCCUUGCAAAUCUGCUUAUCUGAGUUGCUGAGCAUACGAACAACUAACAUAGUCCAAACGUGUAUUAAAAAGUGAAAAACUCUCAGGGUACAUAAAUGCAAUUUAUCUUUAACAUUUACAUCUUUCAUUAGAAAAGAAUGGGGAAAUCUAUCCCAGUGGAUUAACAUUCAACACUUUGGCUGUAACCCUUUUAUGCUGAUUCCAGUAUGAAAAAAAAAAAAAAGAUUAACAUGAAAAUGU